AUGCCUACGCCGCUUUACCUUAUUCAUAGCCCUCGAUCAGUACGUUCCGAUAACGAGCCCAAUCUUCCAACUUGUGACGCCAGUCAAGUGGAAGAGGAUCUGCAACAAACGCAAGCCUUUAAGAAUUGGCUACUGUCACGGUUGAAGCUUCCCACCGGCCAUGGCAUUCAAAAUACGAAGGUGCACCAACUUAACGCGCACGACACUAACGAACUGCAGGCCAUCUUAACGCAACCAGCCGAUGCGGAAGUAUGUCUGCUUAGUGACAGUCCGUAUCGUAUACUAAGGGCAGCAGAAGCCGGUAAUCUCGAGGAAUUUAUACGGCUGUAUGAGGGAGACAACAAUCGGCUGUCGGUGAAAGAUAGCAAGGGCCGGACGGCUGCCCACCAAGCAGCGGCACGGAACCGUGUUAACAUCCUUACCUUCAUCCACGGUCAAGGAGGAAACCUGAAUGCACAGGACAUGGUGGGAAACACGCCGCUUCAUACGGCUGUCGAGAACGAUUCACUGGAUGCGCUCGAGUUUCUACUGAGCAUUCCUGUGGCAUCGAACAUUCUCAACGAAAAGAAGCUAGCUCCAGUGCAUUUGGCAACCGAGCAGAAUAAAGUAAACGCUCUUCAGGUUAUGGGCAAGUAUCGUGAAGCGAUCGACAUACAACAGGGUGGAGAACACGGUAGAACAGCCCUGCACUUGGCAGCCAUCUACGACAACGAGGAAUGUGCUAGAAUAUUGAUUUCGGAAUUUGGAGCCUGUCCUAGGAAACCCUGCAACAACGGAUACUACCCGAUACACGAGGCAGCCAAAAACGCCAGCUCCAAAACAAUGGAGGUCUUCUUCCAGUGGGGUGAAUCGAAGGGUUGUACGAGGGAGGAGAUGAUAUCCUUCUACGACUCGGAAGGCAACGUUCCACUGCACUCGGCUGUGCACGGUGGUGAUAUCAAGGCGGUGGAGCUGUGUCUAAAGUCCGGGGCAAAGAUAUCCACGCAGCAGCACGACCUUUCCACGCCGGUACAUCUGGCGGCCGCACAGGGUGCGAUCGAGAUAGUGAAGCUCAUGUUCCGCAUGCAACCGCUCGAGAAGCGCAUCAGCCUGAACUGCACCGACAUCCAGAAGAUGACACCGUUACACUGUGCCGCCAUGUUCGACCAUCCGGAGAUAGUGGAGUACCUCGUGAAGGAAGGGGCCGACAUUAACGCGAUGGACAAGGAGAAACGUUCGCCCCUGUUGCUGUCGUCGUCGCGCGCUGGCUGGCGCACGGUAAUGACGCUGAUCCGGCUCGGUGCCAACAUUAGUCUGAAGGAUGUCAAUUCGCGUAACGUGCUGCAUCUGGUCAUCAUGAACGGGGGGAGUUUGGAUGAGUUCGCGAAGGAGGUUUGCCUCACACAGUCCGAGAUCUAUCUGCUGCAGCUGCUGAACGAGAAGGAUGAGGCCGGCUGUUCGCCGCUGCAUUACGCGAGCCGCGAAGGCCACAUUCGCUCGCUGGAGAACCUGAUACGGCUCGGGGCGUGCAUUAAUCUGAAGAACAAUAACAACGAAAGCCCGUUACACUUUGCGGCACGCUACGGGCGCUACAACACCGUCCGGCAGCUGCUCGACUCCGAGAAGGGCACGUUCAUCAUCAAUGAAAGCGAUGGCGAGGGGUUGACGCCAUUGCACAUCGCUUCGCAGCAGGGCCACACGCGGGUCGUCCAGAUGUUGCUGAACCGGGGUGCGUUACUGCACCGGGACCAUAACGGGCGCAAUCCGCUGCAUCUGGCCGCAAUGUCCGGCUACACGCAAACGAUCGAGCUGCUUCAUUCGGUUCAUUCACAUCUGAUGGAUCAGGUUGAUAAGGAUGGGAACACAGCGCUACAUUUAGCCUCGAUGGAGAACAAGCCCAGUGCGGUGAUAUUGCUGCUCAGUCUUGGCUGCAAGCUGCUCCACAACUACAUGGACAUGAGCGCAAUCGACUACGCGAUUUACUACAAGUAUCCGGAGGCGGCCCUAGCCAUGGCGACCCACGAGGAACGUUCCGGCGAGGUGAUGGCACUGAAGUCGGACAAACAUCCGUGCGUAACGCUGGCACUGAUCGCCUCGAUGCCGCGUGUCUUCGAAGCCGUACAGGACAAUUGCAUCACCAAGGCCAACUGCAAGAAGGACUCGAAAAGCUUCUACAUUCGAUACUCGUUUAGCUGUCUGCAGUGUCCGGCACUGUACGCACAGAUGGAUGCACGCACCGGAGAAGCCGUCCAGAUAUCGAAACCGAUACCGCUGCCAGCACUUAACAUCAAAUAUUCCUUUCACGCGUACCAAAAGUCACAAGAGUCCAUUGCAGAAAUGCGGAAAACUAUAAACGAUCCCAAAUGGCGUCCACCACCGUUGCAUGUCGUUAAUGCGAUGGUAGCACACGGUCGGGUAGAACUGCUAGCACACCCCCUCAGCCAAAAGUACUUGCAAAUGAAGUGGAACUCCUACGGCAAAUACUUUCACCUGGCCAACCUGCUGUUCUACAGUGUGUUUCUGUUUUUCGUCACACUGUUCACGUCCCAGCUGAUGCGCAACGCUACACCCGUCGCCAAUUCGGCCGGAAACCACACGCAGGAUGGUGGGCAACAACACAUACUCGGCUUGCGCUCAACGUUGGCUCGUGCGAAGGGAUACAACUACGGUGCGAUACCAAACGUGACCACCUCGGUCGCGCCACCACAGAUCGAGGAACAGAUGGAUGUCACCACCACGACGCUCGUUUCCGGGAUUGGCAUCAUCAUCUACAUCGUCGGGAGUGCGAUGCGCGAGCUGCUGCAAGUUUACCAGCAAAAGUGGCAUUAUCUGCUCGAACCGAACAACUUCAUCUCGUGGAUACUGUACACGUCGGCACUGAUUAUGAUAUGGCCCAUGUUUUCCAGCGGCAUGUGCUUCAGCAUCAACUUUUCGGCGGCUUCGAUAACCGUGUUUCUGUCCUGGUUUAAUCUGCUGCUGUUUCUGCAACGGUUCGAUCAGAUCGGUAUAUACGUGGUCAUGUUUUUGGAAAUCUUGCAAACCCUCAUUAAAGUGUUGAUCGUAUUCAGCAUUUUGAUAAUAGCAUUCGGGCUGGCAUUCUACAUUCUGCUCUCGAAGGUCUCUGAGCCCCAGGUAAACCAUUUGUCAUUCUCGUCGAUUCCCAUGUCGCUGGUGCGCACAUUCUCGAUGAUGCUGGGUGAGAUGGAUUUCGUCGGCACGUACGUUCAACCGUUCCAUGUGGGAGAUCUCCCAUUCCCGUUCCCUUCGUUCGUUAUACUGUGUUUGUUCAUGAUCCUGAUGCCCAUCCUGCUGAUGAAUCUGCUGAUCGGUUUGGCUGUCGGUGACAUCGAAUCGGUGCGCCGCAACGCGCAGCUCAAGCGGCUUGCCAUGCAGGUGGUGCUGCACACGGAGCUGGAACGCAAGCUGCCCCAGAUGUGGCUCGAGAUGGUCGACAAAAUGGAGCUGAUCGAGUAUCCGAACGAAAAGAAGUGCAAACUGGGAUUCCUCGACUCCGUCCUGCGUAAGUGGUUCUGCAAUCCUUUUACCGAUGACUACAAAGGCGGCAUCGACUACGUGCUGGAAAACACGGAAGACUACGUGGCGGUCGAGCUGGAGAAGCAGAAGCGGAAGCUGCGCGACAUUGGGACGGCACUGGACACUCAACAUCAGCUGCUUCGGUUGAUCGUGCAGAAAAUGGAGAUCAAAACCGAGGCAGACGAUGUCGAUGAAGGUGUCCCGACGAGCGAUCUGAAAGCUUCCAGCGGUUUGUUGACAGGUAACCGAUCGUCACGCUGGUCGUCGCCAAGGAUACGCAAGAAACUCGGUGCCACCUUAAGCUUCAACAAGUCGAUCGGCAAAUGA